GACCGACUCAGUUGAAUAACGUACGUUGCCAUGGCCCGUCUAUUAUCUUGUUUCCUCGUCGUUGUCGUGAUUGUGGCAUCAACAGAUGCUAUGAAUCGCGCCGACUUUGUCAGCCUACUUAAAAGGAAGCAUGCGAAACAACUGCCACCAGGACCGCCACCACCAGGGCAACUGUCACCAGAAUUUUCAUUACCAGGGCAACUGCCACAGGGACCGCCACAACCAGGGCAACUCACACCAGAAUUGCCACAACCUGGGCAACUUACGCCAGGGCAACAGCCAUCAGAGGAACUGCCACCUGGGCAACUGCCAGCCGGGCAACUGUCACCAGGAGAACUGCCACCAGGAUCGCCACCACAUGGACCACCGCUACCCGGACAGCCACCAAUGCCGUAUGAAAACACUACAAUGAUUCCUGUGUGUCCUUGUACAUAUGAAGACAUUUUCGAAGGAGAAAAGUGUAUACCUGAUGAGUGGGUAUGCGAUGGCUGGUCUGAUUGUUAUGGUGGCUUAGAUGAACCUGAUACCUGUCCGUGUGCGAUGAUGUGUAACGAUACCUGUAUACCCGAAGGCUGGAUAUGUGAUAACUGGUAUGACUGUGAAGACAUGUCUGACGAAGCUAACUGUACAUACGCACCAUGUGUUGGUUAUCAAUGUAAUGUUAUAUUUGCGCCACAAGGGUGUAUUCCCGACGACUUCAUCUGUGACGGCUACGACGACUGUACAGGAGAUGGCAGCGAUGAAGCAUACUGCCCCUAUGAUUUCUCAUCGUCUUCAGUAUCGUCCUCAUCGGAUUCGUCGUGGAUGUCAGAUGAGUGUUUUCACGUAUGUGACGAUAAAUGCAUCCCAUUCACCUGGAUUUGCGACAACUACAUCGACUGCGUAGACCAAUCUGACGAACCAAUGUUCUGUGAAUAUGAUGAAUGCUUUGAACACAAGUGUCAGUUACCAUAUAUGGUAGAAGGCUGUCUUCCUAAUGAAUACGUAUGUGAUGACGUACCAGAUUGUGUUGAUGGAAGUGACGAACUUAUGUGUCAAAACAAAACUUUGAAUAUACAUGUCCUUGGCGCCCUCGUUGGUAGAGAGGUCACCCCUGCAAAACGAAUGAUGAGAAGCAUGGAGAGAUUUAUAUACUUGUCCUUAGAUUAUAAAUUCAGAGCUAUAAACAGGAAAGCCAACUGGGCUGCUGCCCUCAUUAAAGACGAAAUGGUCAAUACAAGGAAAGCAGCAAUAAAAGCAAUGCUGGUCGCCAAGAACACACACAUGUAUUCCAGAGGUGACGAAAUGAAGUCCCACUUUAGAAGAAAGUGAAAUAAGUGAAAUAAAUCUCUUUUUACAGUGAGGUAAAGUUGACAAAAUCGUCGCUCAAUUCAAACUAACCGGCCGGAAAAUGGCCGUUCGUCGAUCAUAUGAAUCAGUCUAUAGAUUUUUUUUUCAUUUCUAUGACUUACCAUUUCAAAAAAAAACGUUUCUUUUGUGUUUAUUCGGACUGGGUACGUUAGUUUAAUGUAGUUUAGUCACCAUUGUGAGUUGGAUUGUAUAAAACUUUAAAUGUGCAAAUCGUACAUUACGUUUUCUUAAUAUUUUUGAAGUUGUUUGUAACCAUGUUUAUUUUUUUAACCAUUUGAAUAAAAGUUUGCAUUGUA